AUGAGCGGCCAUCUGAACCCGAAGGACUCGAUGAAGUCCACAUGGCGUCAGCUAGAUCACGCCGAAUGGACCAUCUUCCACUGGUUCUAUGAGAUACUUGGUAUCCAUCCGGUGACUUUGGACAAAGAGGUACCUGUUCACGAUAAGCAAGAGAAGGUGCCCUACAUGGCGGAAUGGCAUACACACCGCUGGGUGCUCAUCCACUCGUUCAUUCCGAUCGCUAUCCAUCAUGUGUAUACGUCUUAUACCGGUCACAACCUAAGCCCCCUGGCUGCCUUCGUCUUUUAUAGUGCGGCUUUCAAGGCCAUCGCCAUUCAUGAGAUACACAUCCUUCGUCGCUUGGGUCAUGCUCUUGGAUUCCUCGAUGGCGACCAGCACGAGCGGGAUGGGGUGCCGGAUGUCGGUGUGCAGAAGGUCGUCCACUCACUGGUCUCGACCUCGACCUUUCGCCCUAUGUUCACCGUGUUCCUCAGCUAUCGCGCCAGCCAACCGCCGUCGACUAUGAAUUGGCUCUGGCUCCCCCUCGAAGCCGGACUUUACGGAAUCAUCCUCGACUUUUGGUUUUAUUGGUAUCACCGGUUGAUGCACGAGGUCAACGGUCUCUGGAAAUACCACCGGACCCACCACCUGACAAAGCACCCCAAUCCACUCUUGACCCUGUACGCCGAUACUGAACAGGAGUUCUUCGAUAUUGCCGGCAUUCCGCUCAUGACCUACUUCAGCAUGAAGCUGAUGGGCUUCCCUAUGGGUUUCUACGAGUGGUGGAUCUGCCACCAGUAUGUUGUUUUUGCCGAGAUCGCGGGGCACAGCGGCCUCCGUCUGCACACCGUACCACCCAAUACCCUCUCCUGGCUCCUCCGGAUCUUCAAUGCCGAACUGAUCAUUGAAGACCAUGACAUCCACCACCGCCGGGGAUGGAAGAAGAGUGCUAACUAUGGCAAACAAACCCGUCUGUGGGAUCGUGUAUUCGGCACAUGCGGAGAUCGGGUUGAAUGCUACAGGGACAACAUCGACUACGAUACCCAAAUUUCUAUGCCAUUGAUUUGA